UAACGCCGUGAGAAAGUGACACCCCAUUUCAGUGACAGGUAAGCUAAGGUCGUCAAACUCCCGUCAUCUCUGUUGGUCUAUAAAUAUCUCUGUAGUUCUUUUCAUCCCAUUUCUCUCUCCCUCUCGGGCGGCCUCCUUCAGAUCUUCUAAGAUUAUUGCAAUAUGGGGCUGUCAUUUACCAAGCUUUUCAGUCGGCUUUUUGCCAAGAAAGAGAUGCGAAUUCUGAUGGUGGGUCUUGAUGCAGCUGGUAAGACCACCAUUUUGUACAAGCUUAAGCUGGGCGAGAUCGUGACAACCAUUCCUACAAUUGGAUUCAAUGUGGAGACUGUUGAGUACAAGAACAUUAGUUUCACUGUUUGGGAUGUUGGAGGUCAGGACAAGAUUCGUCCAUUGUGGAGACAUUAUUUCCAAAACACCCAAGGGCUUAUCUUCGUGGUUGAUAGCAAUGAUCGCGACCGUGUGGUUGAAGCCAGGGAUGAGCUGCACCGAAUGCUGAAUGAGGAUGAGUUGAGGGAUGCUGUGCUGCUUGUUUUUGCAAACAAGCAAGAUCUUCCAAAUGCUAUGAAUGCUGCUGAGAUCACUGACAAGCUUGGUCUUCACUCCCUUCGCCAACGACACUGGUACAUCCAGAGCACAUGCGCCACAUCCGGUGAAGGACUAUACGAGGGGCUGGACUGGCUCUCCAACAACAUUGCUAAUAAGGCUUGAGCAGUUUGUUUUAGUUGGACUUGAAAGUGACAUUUUCGGCAGGAACCUAUGUGAAUUUUACCAUGUUUUAUGUGUUUUUGGAUUUAUAUAUAUAUUUUUUGCUUUUCACAAGGGAUGAACUUGUUUAUGUUAGAUAUUUGUUUCCAUACAUAGAAAUUUCGUUAUUGCCACUGUAGAGUUUAAAUAAACUGAUGAUUCCCAGUUGAGAUUUGAUUGUUCUUUUUA